AUGCUUCGUUCCCUGGAGGGUGAGAAUGGCUACGAACUGAGAUGCGGCUCUCACGUCGACCGGCUGCUCAGCAAACUACCCGCCAACUACCGAGAUAGUUUCAUCGAGUACAGCAUCAGCCACGACAUCCUAAGAACUGGUACAGAUAAGACCUACACUCUUAUCGACUUCUCAGCCUGGCUCCAACUCAAGUCACAAGCUAAACGCAUCUCUACCAGGGCAGCGCUCAUGUUCCAAGAUCCGCCGAAGCCCCAGAGGAAACACCCAUCCAACGUGUACUACAACACAGAGAGUCAAGCCAGACUGACUCCUCCCAAUCCAGCCAGUAGCACCACUCCCAAGGCUAACCCUAGCUUCAAGCCAUACUGCCCCUACUGCGACAACAGAGAGCACUACCUCAGCCUGUGCCCAAAGUUCAAAGCACUCUCCACGGGAGACGUUUCUGCAUGGAUCAAAGGCCGAAGCUGUUGGAGAUGUGGACGAAAUCAUCCACCUGAGGCAUGCACUCUGAAGAAACCCUGCCACACUUGCAAACAGUUACACCUCACAGUGCUGCAUGAAGUGAGCCAGCCCGAGCCGAAGCAAGUUCUAAUGGUCAGCACAUCCCCAGACACCAUCUACGUUGACCGUCCAAGCCGUCCACAACGAGUCAUGCUUAAGCUAGUAAAGGUACGCCUAUACAACGCUGAGCACUCACUGGAAGGGUUUGCCAUCCUUGACAACGGAUCCGAGAGGACACUCAUUAUGCCCUCUGCAGUCCGACACCUCCACCUAACCACCGAACCAGAGAGUCUUCCUCUACGCACCGUUCACCAUGAAGUUAUCCACCUGCAAGCAAACCCAGCCGGUGGAGUCAAGGUCCAGACUUCCUACGCCAACAUCCAGAAUCUUGGCCCGUCCUCCGCAUCGAAGAAGCGCAAGAAGAGGAGGAAGAGCUCAGAAAACCAGUCUUCUGUGGUGUAA